CUCAGGUGUCUCUCGGAUCAUCAGUGCGAGCCAUGGCCCAGGAGCUGUACCACCCGGAGUUCGCCCGGGCGGGCAAGCAGGCGGGGCUGCAGGUGUGGAGGGUCGAGCAACUGGAGCUGGUGCCGGUGCCCGAGAGCGCGUACGGCGACUUCUACGUCGGGGAUGCCUACCUGGUGCUGCACACCGCCAAGGCGAGCCGAGGCUUCAGCUACCGCCUGCACUUCUGGCUGGGACGGGAGUGCUCCCAGGAUGAAAGCACAGCAGCUGCCAUCUUCACUGUCCAGAUGGAUGACUAUUUGGGUGGCAAACCAGUGCAGAACAGAGAACUUCAAGGCUAUGAAUCUACUGAUUUUGUGGGCUAUUUCAAAGGAGGUCUGAAGUACAAG